UCGGUGCGCAAGUCGUGGCCUACCAUGGCCACAGUGCUUUUGGCCCUGCUCGUCUACCUGGGGGCGCUGGUCGACGCCUACCCCAUCAAACCCGAGGCUCCUGGCGAAGACGCCUUCCUGGAGGCGCUGAGCCGCUGCUACGCCUAUCCGUGCCACUGCCUCAACCUGGUCACUCGGCCGUGUGGGAAACUAGACCGCCCGGUCGCGGGCCUCUCCAAAACGUUCUUCCCAGACGGCGAGGACCGCCUCUGCAGGUGGCGGUAAAAGCGCCCCCGUCAAGUCACAUAACAUCCUGCCUCCGAGAGCGCGGUCUGGCCCCACCCUGGUCCAUCACUUAC